AUCAUCAGCAUCAUCAUCAUCAGCAUCAUCAUCAUCACCAUCGCCACCAUCACCAUUGGAAGUCAUGUCCUCUCAUUCUCUCCUGAUGGUUCUGCUGGUUCUCACCUGCCUUCAGUCCAUCACAAUGACCCAGAAUGCAAAUCCACCAGAAGAAUGCUGUUUGAAUUUCCUGGAGGCGAAAAUCCCUCUACAUCGUAUUACUAAGUACAGAGAAACCCGGCUUGAUUGUAAAGAAGCUGGAGUGAUUUUUAUCAUGAAGAACGGGCGUCGUCUGUGUGCAAAUCCCAGAGUUCAGUGGGUGAAGGAACACAUGGAUAAAAUUGACCAGCGUGUUCUUGAAAGCUCAACCUAACUUCUGCCUGGAGUGGUUACAUUUACCCUUCUUUAAUACCAAAUUAGAUUUUUUUUGU